AUGACCCUCCUUUGGCUGACGCUGCUCCUGGUCGCCACGCCCUGUCUCCUGCAAACCAAGGAGGAUCCAAAUGCACCAAUCCGGAACCUAAGGAUGAAAGAAAAGGCUCAGCAGUUGAUCUGGGACCUGAACAGAAACGUGACCGACGUGGAGUGUAUCAAAGGCACCGACUAUUAUUCUAUGCCGGUAAAUCCUAUUCUCUACGGUACCUGGGUUCUGGCCCGAAGCCAGCUGUGGGAUUUGAAGUCAGUUUGGAGGGUCUGGUUCCCCAUCUACGGGAUAUCCAAGGUGGCAGACACUGGACAGGGUGGACUGACCAACUACACCGUCCGAGUGGCCAGUCCCCCGUUCUCCACGUGGAUCCUCUUCCCUGAGAACAUGACCAACUACACCGUCCGAGUGGCCAGUCCCCCGUUCUCCACGUGGAUCCUCUUCCCUGAGAACAGUGGGACGCCUCGGGCCGGCGCCGAGAAUCUGACCUGCUGGGUUCAUGAUGUGGAUUUCAUGAGCUGCAGUUGGGUGGUAGGCCCCGCGGCCCCCGCUGACGUCCAGUACGACCUGUACUUGAACAAUCCCAACAGCCACGAACAGCACAGGUGUCUUCACUACAACACGGAUGCUCGGGGAACACAGAUCGGGUGUCGGUUCGAUGACAUCGCUCGACUCUCCCGCGGAUCUCAAAGUUCCCACAUCCUGGUGAGGGGCAGGAGCGCAGCCGUCAGUAUCCCCUGCACAGAUAAGUUUGUCUUCUUUUCACAGAUUGAGAAAUUAACUCCACCCAACAUGACUGGAGAGUGUAAUGAGACACAUUCCUUCAUGCACUGGGAAAUGAGAAGUCAUUUCAAUCGCAAAUUUCGCUAUGAGCUUCGGAUCCAAAAGGUAAACUUACAGGUCAGAGGCACAACCUCCUUCCAGCUACCCAAUCCUGGAACGUACACAGUGCAAAUAAGAGCCCGGGAAAGAGUGUAUGAAUUCUUGAGUGCCUGGAGCAGCCCCCAGCGCUUCGGUGAGUGGGGAGAGUGGGAGUGGCUGUGUCUAUGGACUCUGCAGCCGGAUUCAGAAAAGGAUUGCUUGAGACACCUGCCACGCUGCGAGGCACAGUGGACGCCCCGGCGCUCCCCGCGUCCCCAGCACCAGAGGCAGCCGGGGAUCCACGUGUCUUUCAACUCCCUUAGGCUUCCGGGCUGGGGCUGGGAGGCCCGGAUGUACCUCCUUGUUCUGGGACGCAGGGUUCCGGGCUGUGAGGGCCGGAUGUCGCUCUGGGUCCUGGGACGCAGGGUUCCGGGCUGGGGCUGGGAGGUCCGGAUGUCCCUCCUUGUCCGGGAACGCAGGGUUCCGGGCUGGGAGGUCCGGAUGUCGUUCCGGGUCCCGGGACGCAGGGUUCCGGGAUGGGAGGCCCGGAUGUACCUCCUUGUCCUGGGACACAAAGUUCCGGGCUGGGGCUGGGAGGUCCGGAUGUCGCUCCGGGUUCCAGGCUGGGGACCGGAAGCCCGGACGUCGCUCCGGGUCCCAGGACGCAGGGUUCCAGGCUGGGAGGUCCGGAUGUCGCUCCAGGUCCCGAAACACAGAGUUCCGGGCUGUGAGGUCCGGAUGUCGCUCUGGGUCCUGGGACGCAGAGUUCCGGGCUGGGGCUGGGAGGCCCGGAUGUCCCUUCUUGUCCGGGAACGCAGGGUUCCGGGCUGGGAGGUCCGGAUGUACCUCCUUGUCCUGGGACGCAGGGUUCCGGGCUGUGAGCUGGUCGGUGCUGGGUUCAGAGCUGGACCAUUUCUCUUUCCUCCGAGGUAUCUGGUGAUGCAGAGACUGUUUCCCCGCAUCCCACACAUGAAAGACCCCAUCGGUGACACCUUCCAACACGACAAGCUGGUGGUCUGGGAGGCGGGCAAAGCCGGCCUGGAGGAGUGUCUGGUGUCUGAAGUGCAGGUGGUGGAGAAAACUUGAGACCGGGGUUCAGGGCCUGCCGGGGACUGCCUCAGUCUCCCUGGCCGGGCCAGGCACCUGCACAGCCUGCGCUGCUGGACGCGGCGCAGGAAUGGACGUUCCUAACGGGUGGUGGGCGUGGGAGACGCCUGUGCAAUGUAUAGUCCAAAGCUGCCGGGAAAAGGAAAGAACAGAACUUUCGUGUGUUUACUUCAUGAUAAAAGUGCUUUUUUUUUUUUUU